AUGCAACGGUGUCGGCGGGCGAGCGCGUGGCGAGGCGGCACGGACUCGCCGCCCCCGACCGAGUUCGGCGGCGACCUCGAGCAUGGCGCCGAGCUGGCGCGAGCGCGCAGGAGGCCGCUGCUGCUGCUCGAGCUCUCCGAAGGCGCGCUGCAGGAGCUAGAGGGGCGACGCUCGGCCGGCGGCGCAGAUCGGAGACCGGUCGCGACAGUCUGGUCGACGGCUCCGAAGCCGCUGCUGCUUGGCGUGCAAGGCGAGAGCGGCGAGGUAGCGGCGUGGGAAUGCGAGGCGCGCGUGGCCAAGGCGUGCGACGAGACGGGGGCGGAGGCGCCGCAGAACGGGGGGCGUCGCGGCGGCGCGCGGAUUGCCGCACCGACCGAUCGGUGCCUGUGUGAGACGGUGGUGGAGUGGCUGACGUGGUUGGGCGGUUAG